GAAGAAAAUCUGUCGUUGGUGCGUAAUUCUAAGCUAAAUGCGGAAGAGCUACGAAAAGUCCGUGCGAAUGAACAGAGCGAGCGUACGGCUAAUGUGCAGCUCACGACGAAAGUGGAUGAUUUGCAGCACACACUGCAACUUCGCGAUCUCGAAAUCAUCAAGCUGCUUGACAAAAAUGAGAUGCUCAGUCAUCUGAACAAAACUCUGGAAGAAGAAAGUAGGGCUUUAGCACAACAGAUCAGCCAUCUGCUUGCGCAAAAUCAAAGCUUGCUUGUUCGAGCGCUUAACGACAAGGAUAGUUAUCAUGCUGAACAACAAGAAUUUCAGGAAAAAUUGACAGUGUUGCAUCGGCAUAAGGAAAAAUUAGAAGAAAAAAUUAUGGAGCAAUACCAUAUGUUGGAACAUAAAAAAGAGGGAGUAAAAGAGAAGCCAACAUUUGUGAGACGAGCCGCCAAAGCAAUUAUUCCCAAGUCAUCCGGGUCCCGGAAGUCCUCGCUCAGUGGUCAUAUGUCAGCUGAAAGGAUGGCCAAUGGUGGAUCAACCACUACGGAGGAAAGUAGUGUCUAUUCGGCAGAUGAAGCCUUGACCACAGCAACAACAGCGGCAGCCCAGAGGUCUCCGUUUACGACAUGCAGAAACGGUCAGUUGCCAGGAAACAAUAAUCAUUUCAAGAAGCACCUAACCACUGUUCAGAACGAUACCAUAUUGUUCGCUGAUGAAACUAUGUUAAAUGGGGACAGGCCUUAA